UUUUUCAUCCGUUAUACUACUUUUUGAGAUAUUAUGGCACAAAUUCAUCACCAACGGUUUGACAAGUCUGAUGGAGGGUAUAAAAGAAGACCGUAACAUAAAGAGGACCUAUUUUGUGUAGGGUUGGGCUAGAAAUACGUUAAAUAUGUUUCGAUUAGCGAUUCUAUUGCAUUUUGUAUUGUUGUUUGCCGAGAACGAUGCUAAAAUGGCCUUAAAAUCUGGCGAAUUCGAUGUCUAUAGUAAAUACAUGAAAAUUAUAUACGAAAAGCACCUUAAUCCGCAAGAUAUAACCUUCUGUAUGGAUUGUCAUCACAGAUUAACGGAUUACAUUCCCAAAGAAAUACCUUUGAUUAUGAUAAACAGUAAAAGUAAACAGCUGCAAUGGUACCAAAACAUAAAAAUUGACUCUUACAUUUUGGAUAUUUCAACAGAAACAGAGAAUGUGCUAGAUUUAUUGGAAGAAAUGCCUGGUUGGAACCCCAGGGCUAAAUUUUUCAUCAUGUUCGAAGGUGGAAGUGUUAGCCACCUUUUAAAGCAAUUGUUCGCCAAAUAUAUAACCAAUGUUGUCAUUUUAACUCCAGUUAAUAUCUCAACGCUUAAAGUAUUAACAUAUUUUCCUUACAAGAACGGACAACUGCGUCCAAAAUCGAUCAAAUCGACCACAAUUGCAAUAUUCGGCGACGAAUAUUUGAACGACACGGUUGAUUUAUUUCCAGAUAAAAUACCUCGGAAAUGGAAAAACGCCACCAUUAACGUGAUGCCAGUCUAUGCACCUCCUUACAUGAUGUGUCCAACGUGUCCCUCAAUGAGGGGGUUAGAGUUUCUCUUGUUAGAUAACGUUGGACGAUGUCUUGGAAUAAAGUUCAAAUAUCCAAACAACGUAUCUAACGCGUGGGGCCGCAAGACGAUCAACGGCUCGUACACUUUGGGUAUGGGUGCGGUGCAAGAGCGAAAAUUCGACCUGGCUGUGGGUGGCUAUCACGCGAAUUCGCCAGACAAUGUCGAUUUCGAUAUGAUCUAUCCACAUAUGGAAGACAACGUUGUUGUGGUCGUGCAUUCUGCAAAUGUCGAAGCUCGUUGGAAAAGUACAAUAGAUAUAUUUCAGUUCAGAGAAUUAUCGGAAAUAUUCAAGUUUAUUAUGUACCUUGAUGUGACGUCAUUUGAUAAACUGAAUUUGUCCCAAUUCGAUUAG